ACCAAAACGAAAGCACUCCAGCUGGGACUGGGACGGGAGUCAGGACAUCCAGGAGAGGGAGUGCGCAAGCUUUCCAGGGCUAGACCCCGGGGCUGGGGACAGAUUCCGGCCCCUGCUGCCCACUGCCCAGGGCUGAGUGGGGGCAAGGGAGAGGGAGUCUGCCCCCCCCUUGGGGGGGCAGGACAGGGCCUCUGGCCGGGGUGCGUCAGCACCUGGAAGAUGCCCGUGCCCUGGUUCCUGCUGUCCUUGGCACUGGGCCGCAGCCCUGGGGUCCUCCCUCUGGAGAGGCUUGUAGGGCCUCAGAACACCGCCCACUGCUCUCCGGGCCUCUCCUGUCACCUCUGGGAUGGUGACGUGCUCUGUCUGCCCGGGACCAUCGAGCCCCCUCCAGGCCCUGUGCUGGUGCCUACUAGCCUGCAGACAGAGCUGGUGCUGAGGUGCUACCAUGAGACUGACUGUGACCUCUGCGUGCGUGUGGACGUCCACUUGGCUGUGCAUGGGCACUGGGAGAAGCCUGAAGAUGAGGAAUUGUUUAGAGGAGCAUCUGACCCAGAGCCUAGAGAGCCUGGCAACGCUUCUCUGCAGUCCCAAGUCGUACUCUCCUUCCAGGCCUACCCUACUGCCCGCUGCGUCCUGCUGGAGGUGCAAGUGCCUGCCUCCCUCGUGCCGUCUGGUCAGUCUGUGGGCUCUGUAGUGUUUGACUGCUUCGAGGCUGCCCUGGGGGGUGAGGUGCAAAUAUGGUCCUACACUCAGCCCAGAUACCAGAAGGAACUCAACCUUACACAGAAGCUGCCUGACUGCAGGGGGCUUGAAGUCCGGGACAGCAUCCAGAGCUGCUGGGCAGCCCUACCCUGGCUCAACUUGUCUGCAGACGGUGACAACUUGCGCCUGGUGCUGGAUGUCUCUGAGGGCCAACGCUUCGGCCUCUCCCUGUACUGGGACCAGGUCCAGGGCCCCCCAAAACCCAGGUGGCAAAGAAACAUGACUGGGCCACAGAACUUUACCUUGAACCACACAGAACUGGUUCCCUGCCUCUGCAUUCAGAUGUGGCCCCUGGAGCCUGACUCCAUCAGGACGAACCUCUGCCCCUUCCGGGAGGACCCCCGCGCGCACCGGAACCUGUGGCGUGCCACCCGCCUGCGGCUGCUGUCCCCGCUGGCCUGGCAGAUGGACGCUCCGUGCGCGCUGCCUGCUGAGGCAGCGCUGUGUUGGCGGGCGCCAGGCGGAGGCCCCUGCCAGCCGCUGGUCCCACCGCUGCCGCGGGAGAACGUCACUGUGAACAAGGCUCUCGAGUUCCCGUUGCUGAAGGGCCACCCCAACCUCUGUGUCCAGGUGAGCAGCUGGGAGAAGCUGCAGCUGGAAGAGUGCUUGUGGGCUGACUCCCUGGGGCCCCUCAGGGAUGACAUGCUGCUGGUGGAGACACGAGGUCCCCAGGACAACAGAUCACUCUGUGCCUUGGAACCCAGUGGCUGCACCCCACUUUCCAGCAAGGCCUCCACGAGGGCAGCUCGCCUUGGAGAGCAGCUACUAGGGGACCUGCAGUCAGGCCGGUGUGAGCAGCUGUGGAAUGACGACCUGGGAGUGCUCUGGGCCUGCCCCAUGGAUAAGUUCUGUGCUUUUUUGAGGAACUCCAAGGCGAUCAGUGUGGCUGGAGAGUCUUGGGCAGACCCUUGUCAUGAGAUGAGGAUGCAGGGCCUUGGAGACAUCCACAAACGCUGGGCCCUGGUGUGGCUGGCCUGCCUACUCUUUACCGCUGUGCUGCUUCUCCUUUUCCUUCUCAAAAAGGACCACGUGAAAGAGUGGCUGCGGCUCCUGAAGGAAGACGUCCGUUGGGGGGCGGCCGCCAGUGUCCGCCGGGUUCUGCUCCUCUACUCCGCCGACGACGCAAGCUUUGAGCGCAUAGCAGGUGUCCUAGCGUCGGCGCUGUGCCAGCUGCCACUGCGCGUGGCCGUGGACCUGUGGAGCCGUCGGGAACUGAGCGCGCUGGGGCCCCUGGCUUGGUUCCAUGCGCAGCGGCGCCAGACUCUGCAGGAGGGUGGCGUGGUGGUCCUGCUCUUCUCGCCCGGGGCCGUGGCGCUGUGUCACGAGUGGCUACAGGAUGGGGCGUCUGUGCCCGGGGCGGAUGCCCCGCACGACGCCUUCGCCGCCUCGCUCAGCUGCGUGCUGCCCGACUUCUUGCAGGGCCGGGCGCCCGGCCGCUACGUCGGAGCCUGCUUCGACAGGCUGCUCCACCCGGACGCCGUGCCUGCCCUUUUCCGCACCGUCCCCGUCUUCUCCCUGCCCACACAACUGCCCGACUUCUUAGAAGCCUUGCAGGGGCCUGGUGCCCCACGGCCGGAGCGGCUCAGGGAGAGGGCAGAGCACGUGUCCCGGGCCCUGCAGCCCGCCCUGGACUGCUGCUUCCCGCCCCAGGGGGUCCCAGGGCCGGAAUGUAGGACGGGACCUAAGGCGGGGGACGCGACUUGAAUAAAGGCAAACGCUAUUUUUCUA